AUGUCUGAGCACAAAUACCUCAGUGAAAGCCAAAAGAGGAUACUUAAGCUUCAACAUGAACAGGAACUAGCAAAAUGUCGAGAAGUCACAAGUUUUUUUACAACUCAACCUUCUACUUCCACUUCAAAUAACUCAACUGGUGAAAAUGAAGUUAUUUUGAAAAGUGUGAAAAAUUCUGCUGGAAUUUCAUGCAACAACUACGCUACCACCGUCACCGAUACAGUCGAUGAAAACAUGAAUAAAGAUGAGGUUAAACAAAUCUCUUAUGACAAUGCUGCGAAUAUGAGUGGAAAAUAUAAUGGACUUCAAGCACGUGUUAAGGAAAUUAACAAGUUCGUGGAUUAUGUACCCUGUGCAGCUCACUCUUUAAAUUUGGUGGGAGUCGAUGCUGGAAGUGUCGUACCCGAUGUAAUCAGCUACUUUGGGGUUGUACAACAACUAUGGUCUAGCCGAUACGACGCUGUUCACGCGUUAAAAACAAGUUAUAGCUUAAUUGUAACCAUAUCAGAAACUAUUAUUAAUGAUAAUUUAGAAAAAAAUGACUGCAAGAUGGAAGCGAAAAAAAUAUUAGGUAAGCUAUACAAACUCGAAAUCGCUAUAUUGACUGUCGUCUGGGAAGAACUUCUUGAAAGAAUUAACAAAGUCAGUAAAAAGUUACAAGAACCUGGAUUAGAUUUGUGCGAAGGCCUUGCACUAAUAACAUCUUUAGAAAUAUUUAUAAAAUCUCUUAGAGAAAAAUCUAAUGACAAAUUAAUUAACUAUGAAUUGCGAGCGAAGGGGUUUAGCAGUAAAGUGAAAGAAAAUUAUAGUAAUGCGAAGAAGAGGAUUAAAAUUUUAAAUAUUCGGACGGCACAACAGGGACUAGUCCACUACAAGGUCGUGAGAAAUUUCUCGUGGAAGUUCUUAAUCGAUUGGAAGAAAUUCAAAUUCUUAACGGACCUUACAAACAAACAUGUAGUACAUAUUGACGAAGACAGCGUUGACUGUGUUUUACAGUGUUACAAUGAGGACAUCGAAUUAGGAUUGAAGAAUGAAUGUUUACAAUUUAAGGAAUUUUUAAAAAUUUCUCCUGACUUAGCUCAGAAACGUACUGCAACAUGUUCAGAUAUACUCGACAGCAUUUUUAAAAAAAACCUCAUUGACAUUUUCCCGAAUCUGUACACAGUAGUUAAGAUGUUCUUGACACUGCCAGUGACCAGUUGUGAAGCUGAAAGAGCUUUUUCUAAAUUGAAUUUUAUAAAAAAUAAAUAUAGUUCGACAAUGAAAAACGAAAGACUAUAA